UAAAAACAGUAAUAUAUAUAAUACGUGAAAUAUUAUUACGAAAUGACUACAACGGAAAGCUUGAAAUAUAUUUACCACUUGCCAUUUUCGGAGCGGUCAGAAUUUUGCAAAAUUAUGAAUCAAAACGAUAAGUGGGAAGAACUGGCUGGUAACUGGAUGAAGUAUGAUGUUCUAACAAUACAGAGUCUAAGAAAAGAAAAGAAUCCUACUGAUGAACUUUUGACAUUAUGGGGUCAUCACAAUCAUACUAUAACAGAAUUAUUUGUUUUACUAUCCAAAAUGCAACACUAUCAGUCAAUGGUACCUUUGUUAAAUUUUGUUGAUCAAAAAUUUCAUCGACUUUUGCACAGUGGAGAGGCUAAUUUGCAAAACAUACCACGCAAGCAACUGAUUAACAAGAAUACUAAAGAUUUAAAGAUUGGAACACAGAAUUUUAAUCAACGUGCAUCACCACAGCAGAGUGUCGAUAAGAUUUUAAAUCAGCCAGUACAGUUGGCUAUUAGUCCAAGCAAUUCUAAUAAUUUGUUAGUAGCCUCGCCAGGAGCAGCUGUUGUAUUUCUGCCAUCUUCACAAAAUACUGGUAGCAAUGCCAAAAAAAUCAAUGAAUCAUCACUACCAAAAACAGAAACUACCUUGCCACAUGCAAGUUACAGCGAAUUAGCUAUCGCUACAAAUGGAUGGAAUCCACACAAUAUAUUGGGAAAAGGUGGUUUUGGAACAGUAUAUAGAGGCACUUGGAAAAACACAGAUGUGGCAAUAAAAAAGAUUCGGCAAAAAGGACCUGAUUCAGAUGAAAGUUAUAUUUUACAACUCCAACAGUCACUGAAAGAAAUAAAAAUUUUGAAUUCUCGUGCUCAUGAAAAUAUUUUACCUUUAUAUGCAUAUAGUUUUGGUGGCGAAGCACCAUGCUUAGUUUACCAGCUAAUGAAGAACGGGUCUUUGGAAGAUAGGCUCCUAUUAAGACAAAAAACCAAACCACUAACAUGGAUACAAAGGCACGAAAUUGCAAAAGGUAUAGCACGCGGAUUGCAGUAUUUGCAUAUCAUAGGAGAUAAGCCAUUGAUUCACGGUGAUAUUAAGAGUGCGAAUAUUUUAUUGGAUAAAAAUUUUGAACCCAGAAUUGGGGAUUUUGGAUUAGCGCGAGAAGGCCCUGAAAGAGAUAGUAUGAAGAUCAGCAAGAUUCAUGGAACGAGACCUUAUCUACCCGAAGAAUUUUUAUUUGACAAAAAAUUAUCAACAAAAAUAGAUACCUAUAGUUAUGGCAUAGUUUUAUUUGAAAUGGCAACUGGGCUUCGAGCUUAUGAUGAUUCACGGCCUGAGAAAAAAUUUUUACGAGAUUUAAUUGAUGCUUGGGAAGACAAAGAUCUUUUUCUAUUGAUAGACAAAAAGGCUGGUGAAAAAGACAAACAAGUUUAUAAAAAUUUAAUAUCUUUGGGAAAGUGGUGUGCUAACAAAUUGGCACAAAAUCGGCCGGAAAUGGAAUUUGUAUUUCGAAAAUUGAAUGAUUUAUAAAUACAUUUAUAAUCACAGCGUAAUAUCUACCUUUUUGAAAUGGAGCAAAUCGCUCAUAUAUUUAUUCCAAUUGCAUAUAUGAAACAAUUUAAAAAGAGUAUAUUGUGAUGUAAUUGAUGCAUUGUAAAUAUCACUAUGACAAUAAAAAGUUAUA